AUGUUGCCCUGGGAACACCGUCGGGCAGCGCCGUCCCACUGGUUCGCCGAGUGCCCCGCCUUCAGCAGCUCGGCGGAGGAGUCGGAUUGGACCAUUGAGGGUGGCUUUCACCUCGACAUCAUCACGGCGAAUCAAUUGCCCGACUUCGCAUCCUGGGCCUCGCUUCGGCACUUGCGCUUGUGCUUGCACAUUCCGGAUGUAUGCGACUACACGAUGCCAUCCGUGCCUGGUAAAGUGAGCACACAGCUCCUCUGGAUGCUCGUCGACAGCGCGCUGCAGCUGGGGCCCGAGGACGUGGGCAUCUAUUGGAAAGAUCUCGCGCUGCUGCGAGCGGAGAAAAGUUUGGCUGCCUAUGAUCUGCCCAACGACGUCCAGCUCUGCGUGCGAGCGCACGAGCCGGAGGCUUUUCGUCUGCACCUUCACUGGGGCUUGGUUGGAAUGAGCAUGUACGUAUGUGCACAUUGGCUACUGGAGUUCGUGCGGCGCACAGUGGCUUUCCAGCUCGGCGCACACCCGCACCAGGUCACCCUCAAGUUUGGCGGGCUUGAGCUUCUAGGAGGAGCACGCUGCGAGGUGCUUCGUCCGGAAGCAUUGGUCACAGUGCAGCUGCUCGGCUCUCCGGACAGCUUUCGCUGCGACCUCUGCACGCUGCCUGGCCUGGCCGCGAGCCUCUGCCAGGACUGCGGACGCGGCGCCUGCUGCAUGCAUCGCACGCAGUGUCGCGCCUGCCAGCAGUUUGUGUGCAGUCACUGCAGCAGCGGACACGCUUGCAUGCGGGUGACGGAACCAAUUGUCGUCAACGUCCAGUGGCGGACUGAGCAAGAGAGCGAAGAAGAGACUUGA